ACUACUUGCACACUGCAGUACCAGCUCCGUUGAUGGACGCCAGAGCAGAGGUUGUCGACCUUCACGUUUACAUCGCGAAGAUCGACCGCGAGUUCAAGACGCAACGGUACGACGACAUCGACGCACCAUUGCUAUACGUACGCAUUCAGAUCGGAGAGGCGACCUGCAGUGCCUUGAUCGAUUGCGGAGCAUCUCGCAACUACAUCAGCCAGGACUUCAUGGUGCGCGCCGGCCUUGGCCCACGCGUCCGAAGGAAGGCCCAGCCUACGCAAGUCACAUUGGCGGACGGUCACACGCACAAGUCAAUUGACCGGUGCAUUGACGACGUCCCAGUGUACUUUGCCCCUUACGCAAGCGAGGCGAUGUCCUUUGACAUUCUGGACACCAAAUUCGACAUGAUCUUGGGCAUGUCAUGGCUGCGAAGCAAGGAUCACCCGGUGAACUUCUUCAACCGCACCGUUCACGCUCGUGAUCGGAACGGAGUAUUAGUUCCAUGCACAGGGCCUCUUCCUCAUCCUUCGAUCAGCUGCCACAUGGUAUCCGCCGCAAGCAUGCGAGCUUCCAUCAUCAGAGACGACAUCGAGGAGAUGGGUGUGUGUUUUCUCCACGCGCUCCCGCCCCAUGACGCUUCAUCGACGGACUCACCUUCGGAUCCACGCAUCACCGAGCUUCUCGACGCCUAUAGCGACGUGUUCGAAGGCCCGCAUGGAGUAGUACCGGAUCAACCCAUCCGCCACGAGAUCAUCCUCGAGGACGGGGCCGUACCUCCGCGCGGUUGCAUCUACCGAAUGAGCGAGGAAGAGUUAAGUGUGCUUCGCGCACAACUCGACAACCUUCUAGAGAAAGGCUGGAUUCGGCCUAGCUCAUCGCCAUACGGUGCUUCUGUUCUCUUCGUCCGGAAGAAGAACAAGGACAUGCGGUUGUGCAUCGAUUAUCGCAAGCUCAACGCGCAGACGAUCAGGAACGCCAGCCCUCUCCCACGCAUCGAUGACCUUCUCGAGCGAUUGGGCGGCGCCCAGUUCUUCUCUAAGCUGAAUCUCAAGUCAGGGUUCCACCAACUCAAGAUUCACAAGGAGGAUCGCUACAAGACUGCGUUCAAGACACGGUAUGGGCAUUUCAAAUGGCUGGUCAUGCCGUUUGGCCUUACGAAUGCCCCAACCACUUUCCAAGCGGCUAUGACAACGGAGUUCCGACACAUGCUGGAUCGGUUUGUACUCAUCUACCUCGACGACAUCUUGGUGUAUAAUUCCAUCGUUGGUGUGACAAGCAACGAGGUUGGAACCUCUGCAACUGCUGCUGCCCCGAGAUUGGAAUCUGUAGGCACUGGUCCCAGCUACGUUGGUCCCUAUGUGGACCGAAAGGCGGUAGAAAUGCCAUCUAAGUACGAUGGCAAGGAAGACAUCGAGUCCUGGAUCGACUCCAUGAGGGCCUACUUUGAGAUUCUGGGAACUCAACCUGAGAUCUAGGAGGUGAUCAUGGGAAUGAAUGUCGAGCUGGUCG